CCCCCUAAGCAUGAAAAUGGAGUGAUAUUAAACCCUAAUUAAAAGGGUUGAUAGGUUGAAUUUAGGCUUCAUAAAUUUUGGAACUUCGGAAAUCAGGAAAUGAUCUUGAUUUGGAAUAUAAUUAGGACGGGAAAUAGGUUCGGUUAUAAUCGAAAUCGUUUAGUCAGUUCUCGGUUAAACGUAAGUAUUUUGUGCUUAUCCUUAAUCAUACUGUUUAUAAUAGUCGGUUAACCGUAACUCUAUAGUUCGGUUCUCAGUUAUUUUGUUGGUUAACUAGAUAACCGUUAAACAAGUAAUUCGAACCUAUUGGUAACCCAACCAACAAAAGUCUACCUCCUUUUUUCAAUUGUGCAAUUUUAUAGAUUUUCUUCUACAUGCGUUCCUUUUUUUUAAGGUGUUAUCAUUGAAUAAAAUACAAUUUGACAUAUAUAUCAAGAGCACUUCUACUGUGCUUUAAAGCAUUGACGCUUUAAUAUACAACUUGAAGUUGUAGUAUAACGUCCAAAGUACAAAUUGCAGUUGAACCUUAAGGAAAUUUGAACCUUUAUGUUAUGGUACAACUUCAAGCUGUACCAUAAUAUAAAGGUACAACUUUAGUUUGUAUAAUAAAGGGAUUUAUACAAAUGGUUAUACCAUAACGUUUAACGUACAACUUCAAGUAGUACCAUAAAAGCAAAAACUAAAGCACCAAUAUUUUAAAGCAUUAUAAAAUUUCUCAUAUAUCAAUCCAUAAUCAACUCAAUCCAACAAAAGUACACAAUAACACAAUUUUAUCGUCAAAUUUGAUUAAAAAAACAGACAAGAACUCCAUCAAAUUACAUGGAAGUUUACAUGUUACUGAUUGUUGUCGAGUUACUGUGCGCAAAUCCAACUUUAUAUUGUGCUCCUUCUAAAAGCCCUUAUUUGACAUUAUUCUCAUUUGACUUUAAGUCACUGUUACAACUAGGGUAUGUAAGGGAUCUUGUAGGGAUUCAAACAUUUCAUUUUUUUGACGUAUGUCCACGGCUUAUCAAUGCCUAUUAUUUUCAGUCCUCACUAUGAGAAUGAUUGUAAUCGGUUAGUCGAUUAAUCGUUUACCCGUCGAUUACUAACUUUUUAAUAAUUUGUCAAUAAUUAGAUAAUUUAACUACCAAACACCGACCGUUUACUAUUUAAUCGAUUAUCGUUAUAACUGUCAACCUCCAAUUUCGGUUCGGUUAUCCAAUUACACUACUAACCGGAUAACCGUUCGCCCGUCCCAAAUGUGUUAGAAUUUUAGCUUAUAUACAUAUGCAUUAUUAUCACCACCUAAUAGUUAAAAAAAAAUUAAGAAGAAUAGAAAAAAAGAAUUAAAAGGUAUGCAUGCCUUUUUUUAACCCCCAGCUUGCUUGCUAGCUAUCCCACUGCAAUUAGUUAGUACUACUCCUACUCUUGAAAUCAUUAUUAUAUUAUAUUUAUAUGAUUAGAACACUAGCUAGCUUAGCUACCUAUGGUAAGCCAAGCUAAAGCUAUCUUCUACUUCUACUUCUUCUUCUCAAUCUCAGCCAUCACCUCUUUCUCUUAAUGAUAUUAUUAUUCCUUUCCCCCACUUCUACCAUCCCUCUCUCUCUCUCCCACCAUCUUCUUCUUCUUCCUCUUCCCUUUUGCUAUUAAUGGACAGCUUACUGGAUCAUGAUGAUCAGCACCAUGGUGACAGCGUGGUCGCGGUAACACUGGAUCUACUCUUCUCCAGCGAAGACCAUCAGCCGCCGCUCAACCUAAUCCUGCCCGAAGCUGCCUCCAACUCCUCCUCCUCUUCAUCAUCCGACAUCACCAUGACCGCUGCCCGUGACCUUGUCGCCACCGCGGAGGAGGCCGGGGAAGAGGAUCCGCCGGCGAGGGUUUUCUCGUGCAACUACUGCCAGAGGAAGUUCUACAGCUCGCAGGCGCUGGGCGGCCACCAGAACGCCCACAAGCGAGAGAGAACCCUCGCCAAGCGAAGCGGCGGCGGCGGUGGACACCACCAGCAUCUCAUCAUGAGGGCACCCUCGUCUUUUCACCACAUGGGAUCAUCCUGCCUUUUGUACCCCAGCAUCGCCUCACUUCCCUUGCACGGCCGCGGCGGCGGAGGAAACAACAGGCCGGCGGCGGCGUCGGUGCUUGGGAUUCAGGCGCAUUCUCUCAUCCACAAGCCGCCUUUUGCUCAUAGUAACUACAACAGGCAGCUCUUUAGCAUGGGUGAUCACCAGCGGCCGGCGGUUGGUAAGCUGCCGCCGGUCUCUUCCGCUGGGAGGUUCGAAGUCAAUUACGGUGGUGGGUAUUUGUGGGGUGGCGACGGAGGCGGCGGCCACUCGAGUUAUUCCUCUGCCGCAUCGCCGGCGGCGGCUGCUGCGGCUAAACACGAUGAUCUGCAAAAGCUUGAUCUCUCUCUUAAGUUGUAAUUACUGCUACUAAUCACUUCCUGAUCUUCUGGUUUCAGUUUUCUUUUUUUGGUUUUUUUUUUUAAUUCUGAAAAUUAUUAGGUCUAUUAAUUAGUGGGCAUUAGAAGGUAAAAAAAAUGGAUGCCUAGUCCUCUUGUUACCUUUUUCGUUUCUUCUUUUUCGUUUGCCAUUAAUUGUAAUCCUCUUAGCUUGAUUUCUCAUGUAAAUAUUUCUUGGAAAUAUAUAUAUACAAAAGCUUUUUCCCAUUAUGAGAAGAAAUUCGUCAUACGCGACAAAUCUCGAUCCUCAUGAAUCCAGAUCAACACUAUAUAUUUAUCAGUCUCCCUACUUCUUAGUGGUUAAUUAUAUUCCGAAUUCAGAAGUUAAGUUGACAAUAGUUAUUCCUUUCUUUUCUGUUUGUUCUUUUUUUGGGGGGAACAAAUGUUAGUGACACUAGCUAAUCGUAUUAUAUUGUGUACUUAUCUGUUCAGAAACUAAAGUUAGAGCUUUAAUUAGAAAGUUAAAGUUAAUGAUGCUUUUGGAGCAAAUGAAUGUGUGAUCUGAUCUCUCUCUCUCAGGCCGCAUGACAGCGGUGGUGGUGGCAUGGUGGUCUACUACUCUACUACUUCAAAUUAUGCUUUUAGAGGUUUAAGGUUAGUGACUGUGGUUGGCAAUAAUCAAUAUAGGACAAUGAUUAAGGUUUUGCCAUGCCUUCACUCUAUAUACCUUGUAUAUUUACAAUGUUAACUCCAACUAUUAUUGAAUACCAAGUACACAUGAUCAAAUCCAACCUCCUGCUCUCAUUUAGUCCAUCAUGAGUUUGUAUGAGGAAUCAUUUAUCUUUUUUGAUGGUGAAACUGAAACAGAUACUGAAUUUGUGUGUACAACGCGUUAAAAAAUAAUAAAUAGUUGUUUAGUAAUGUAACUAGUUAGUACUUAGUAUCAAUAACUCGAGUCGUUAGAAGAAGUUCUAAAACAAAUCAAUAUAAAGAAUGUCAAGUCAAGAAUUUAAAAUUUGCAACAAAUAAGUCAUACAUUAUAGGGCUGGCUAUUUGGUCCGGGCUAUUUGGUUUUACCCGAAACCGGACCGGGACCAGAUUGGACUCGGAUAGCAAACAUUCCAAUCCAAUCUUCGGGCUUAGAUUUGAGAUAAAAAAAUCGUUCGGGGCAAGAUCAAAAAUCGGAUAAACACCGGAUAAUAGAGCCCAACACCCAAAACUUAACCAGCUCCUCACCCUUUGAGUACUCAGACCACUCAAUUCUCCACAAGCUCAAUCUAAAAUCAAGACCGAAUUGGGACCGGACCGAGUCAAGGCCGGACUGUAUCCAAUUCAAUAUUUGGUCCUUAUAUUCUCGAGAAGACCGGACUGGAACCGGAUCAAUUCGGACCAAUUUAACCAGACCGGACCGUAUAGCCACCCCUAAUACAUUAUGCUUAUAUCAUAUGCGUCCAAAUGAAUCUAGUUCAAUUUUUUUUCUUUUUGUAUUCGGAAAAUACAGUUCAACAACUACUGGCACUAUGCCUAAAACAAAUGGAAGCUAAAGCCGGAGACUAAGUAAAGCUAGCAAGGAACCACAAAAGGAGAAGCCAUAUAUUAGCAAAGGAACAUAAUCUUGAGUUAAUUAAUUCCAUCAAGUUGCCAAGUCCUUACAUCUUAAUUAUAUGAUAGAAUAUAAGUACCACUAAACCAAAACCUGGUUUGCUAAUCCCUCUUAGUUAAUUAUUAAUUAUUGUCAUUGUUAUGUUAGAUUGUUGUGAUCCAUCAUCAGCCCAAUACAAGAACACUAUAGUUGGUCCACUACUACGUCUACGUGCAUAGAAUUUGUUUGGUAUCAUUGUACACGAUGGAUCCUAUGUAUCUACACUCUUUUUUGUUUCUUUAUUUGUAAUUUCUUAAUGGUCGAACAAAGAAUAAUAAGUAAUUAAGUGUUAA